UUCCCAGAAUCGUUGCCUUCAACAGCUUCAUUGCAAAGGUCAUUGAACAGCUUUUCACUUAUGACAGCAGUUUGCGAGACAUACAUUCAAACAUGAGUUCUUCAUCUGAUGAGGAGAGUUUUGAGGGCCUCAGAGUCCACUUUACCCAGACGGAGUGGGCUCAGCUGGCCAAAUGUGAGAAGGUGCGCUACAGCAACAUGAAGAGGAACCACCUGUUCAUGCUGUCCAUAGGUCUGUCCUCUCCUCCUCCUGCCUUCAUGCGACGGGGCCGGAAGGGGGCAUCGGCCAGACCACCCCCUCCUGACAGCAGCGACUCAGAGGAGGAGUGGACGCCCAGUCUGGAGAGGAGGCCUCCAGCUCCUCGUGCCUUCAGAGCUCCUGUGAGACGCGCUCAGCCCUCCACUGCUGCCCUAACAGCUCAGCCAAGCAGCCAGACGACUUCACAACAGAUCAGCAAUUGCAGCAAUGCUACUCAGACAGUCAAAAAAGGCAGUCAGACUUCUCAGCCAAUCAGAAAUAGAAACCGCAGCUCUCAACCGAUCAACAGCAGUGUGCAGUGUCCUCAGGCCUUAGAAGCAGAUCCCACAGAACAGGCUAUGGAGAAAGAGGGGGAAAAACAGGUCCCUGUUUACCCAGACCAGGUUAGAGAGGGAGGCUGUGUGGAGACUGUGGAUGGACAGGCAGGGACAGAGCAAGACCCUGCAGCAAAGAGAGCUGAUUUGUCAAAAGGAGAGUGGUUAAAACAACAGCAUAAUAAGAUGGGGAGUUACAGACGUGGAGGCAGUCUGCGGAACAGACCCAGAUUGAGCUACACUGAGGAAGACGAGCCAAAGGAUGAAGAUUACCUGUACUGCGAGGACUGCGAGUCUUUCUACAUUGAUGAGUGUGGGGUCCACGGCCCCCCAAACCUCAUCCCUGACACCCCAGCUCCAGUAGGGGUCCCAGACCGAGCCAGGCUCACCCUGCCACCCGGCUUGGAGGUCAGAACAUCCAACAUCCCACAUGCUGGUCUGGGGGUGUUCAACCAGGGCCAGGCGGUACCCACAGGGGCCCAUUUUGGCCCCUAUGAGGGGGAGGUGACCGACAAGGACGAGGCCAUAGAGAGCGGAUACUCCUGGGUGAUAUACAAGAGUCGGCACACAGAUGAGUACGUCGACGCCAAGAGAGAAACUCACUCCAACUGGAUGAGGUAUGUGAACUGUGCUCGUGAUGGUGAGGAGCAGAACCUGGUGGCGUUUCAGUACAGAGGGGGGAUUUUGUACCGCUGCUGCAAGCCCAUCGUCCCAGGAGAGGAGCUGCUCGUCUGGUAUGGAGAGGACUACGCCAGAGACCUGGGCAUCAGCUUCGACUACCUGUGGGACAUCAAGAGCAGUGGCAAAGAGGUGGCAGCGUCUCAGGUGUUCUCCUGCUCCCUGUGUCCGUUCGCCUACACGGCUCAACUCUACCUGCACAAGCACAUCAGGAGGUGCCACGUGGACGAGUAUGUGCGCCUGCUGAGGUCUGGGGAGAUCAGAUCAGAGACACUGGCACCCUCCACAAUCAGCGUUAGCAACCACAACCACAACACACAACACAACUCAGCAACCAGUAAGGUCACACAUCCCCAUUCAAAACAGAGAGGACCAAUUGACCAGAGAGGUCACCACUGCACUCAGUGUGGCAAGAGCUUCACUACAGAGAGAGAUCUCAAAGUACACCAGCGCACUCACACAGGAGAGAGGCCGUACCACUGCACUCAGUGUGGCAAGAGCUUCACACGAGAGGAAAGUCUUAAACGACACCAGCGCACUCACACAGGAGAGAGGCCGUACCACUGCACUCAGUGUGGCAAGAGCUUCACUCUAGAGCAUCAUCUCAAACUACACCAGCGCACUCACACAGGAGAGAGGCCGUACCACUGCACUCGGUGUGGCAAGAGCUUCACAGAUGGGGGAAAUUUAAAAAAACACCAGCGCACUCACACAGGAGAGAGGCCGUACCACUGCACUCAGUGUGGCAAGAGCUUCACUACAGAGGGAAGUCUCAAAGAACACCAGCGCACUCACACAGGAGAGAGGCCGUACCACUGCACUCAGUGUGGCAAGAGCUUCACUACAGAGGGAAGUCUCAAACGACACCAGCGCACUCACACAGGAGAGAGGCCGUACCACUGCACUCAGUGUGGCAAGAGCUUCACUACAGAGGGAAAUCUCAAACGACACCAGCGCACUCACACAGGAGAGAGGCCGUACCACUGCACUCAGUGUGGCAAGAGCUUCACACAAGAGGGAGAUCUCAAAGUACACCAGCGCACUCACACAGGAGAGAGGCCGUACCACUGCACUCAGUGUGGCAAGAGCUUCACUACAGAGGGAAGUCUCAAACGACACCAGCGCACUCACACAGGAGAGAGGCCGUACCACUGCACUCAGUGUGGCAAGAGCUUCAGUUAUGGGGGACAUCUCAAAACACACCAGCGCACUCACACAGGAGAGAGGCCGUACCACUGCACUCAGUGUGACGCUCUUCAGGUGGUGGGCGAUCAGCAGAGUUCAUCUGUGAGAUCCCAGAAAGAGCCGGUUGGGAUCCACUACAUCUGUUUCCAUUCCGGUGUUCUAAAUGUCUUCUUCAUCAACUCAUAA